GAAGAUUCAGCAGCCGGCAGUCAGUGGCCGGGCGGCUUGUAGUGCGAGCAUUGAGCAACUGUACCCGAUCUCCACGUGCUCACACCUCGUGCGUAGCCAACGCCCACGGAAAAGCUUCCUUAGUUACUGAGGUGACCGCCAUGGUGACCGGCUUGUUGCUGUUGAUGCUGUCGGUGCUGGGAGCCUCGGAUGCGGCCAGGAUCCUGUCCGUCGUGGCGUUCCCGGCCGUCAGCCACCAGCUACCCCUCAGGAUGAUAAGUCUGGAGCUGGCCAAGAGGGGCCACCAAGUUACCUUCAUCACCACCGACCCGUCCAAGAAAAACAUUGCCAACUUUACAGAAGUUGACAUAUCUGCGUCGUACAAGUUCCUGAGAACAGGCGCAACCUGGGACUGGAUGACGAUGGCUCAUUUUACAGCAACCGAUAACAUAUAUUCGUGGAAGGAACAGUUCCGUGGUGUUUGUGAGAGCGACCUGAGUGCUCCAGAGAUGGUGGAAUUCCUAAAGUCACCUCCAAAAUUCGACCUGGUCAUUUUGGAACGGUUGCUGUCGCCGUGCUUCUACGGUUUGGUUCAUAAAGUGGGAUCCCCACCUCUCGUCGGGUACAUCAGCAUAAACGCAGGCGUACCCAGCCUCUGGACCGAUGGAAACCCCAGCAAUCCCGCUUACAUUCCAAGCUUUAUGGUGCCCUUUUCACACCACAUGUCAUUCUGGGAGAGGCUUUACAUGACAUGGGUAUGGCUCUACACGAACUAUCGCUACUUCUACGUAAUGAUGCCGCAUCAAGAAGAAAUCAAGAGGAAAUAUUUCGGGCCUGACGUUCCAUCAGUUUAUGAAACUGAAAAAAAUUUCAGUUUGAUGCUUAUGAACAACCAUUUCAGUAUAAACUACCCUCGACCGUACCUGCCGCACAUGAUAGAACUGACUGGACUACAUGUGGAACCAAACCCAGCACCUCUUCCUAAGGACCUACAGGAGUGGCUGGAUGGAGCAAAACACGGGGCCGUAUACUUCAGUAUGGGUUCCACUGUCAUGGGGAGUUCGAUGCCUGAAGAUAAAAGACUGGCGUUUCUCGAGGGUUUCAAGAAAAUCCCACAGAGGGUGCUGUGGAAGUGGGAGGCCGACAUGGAUGACCUGCCACCCAACGUCAAAGUCUCAAAGUGGCUGCCGCAGCAGGCUAUACUGGCACAUCCCAAUGUCCGUGUGUUCAUCACUCAGGGCGGUCUGCAGAGCUUUAACGAGGCAGCCUAUCACGGAGUUCCUCUACUGGGGAUUCCCAUCUUCGGCGACCAGCAACAUAACGUAGCGAAAAUGGUCGACGCUGGUGUUGGCAUAGAGCUCAAAUUGUGGGACGUCACAAAAGACACGAUUUCGGACGGUAUUCGAACGAUUAUUGAGGAUAAAAGAUUCAGCGAGAACAUGAAGCGCUUGUCAGCUGUAUACCGUGAGCAUAAGGAAGAGAGCCUGCCUAAAGCUGUGAAGUGGAUCGAGUAUGUACUUCGCCACAAUGGAGCCCCACAUCUGCGUAGUGGUGGAAGAGACUUGGCCUGGUACCAAUACCUGCUGCUAGAUGUCGUUGCCUUCGUGCUGGCUGUUGUAAUGGCCUUUUGUAUAGCUCUCUACCACAUUGCUAGCUUUCUAAUCCACAAAUUGUUUAAAUCCAAGAAACUGAAAACGAACUGAGGACGUAUAAUCUUCUGUCAUACAGAAGUCUAUUUGCCUACUAAUUCACUGAGCAUGAGCUUGAAUGUCUCAAGUGGAAUGUUGGAAUAUAUACAUUCACACAGAUUUGUGAAAUCUAUGUCGUGUUUGUGUCGUAUGAAAUACAACGUAUAAAACUUUUAAAUCUCAUUUGUGUAAUGUUACAAGUGGGAAAAAGUCUGUGUGUAUGACUACAUUGUUAUUGUUAUUUGAAGUACAGUUUUCGUUUGAACGGAUGGUUAUACAAUUCAAAAUACUGUUUUGAGUUCUGCGAUUCGUACAAGUGAAGUUUAAAAAUUUUGUACGUGGUAUUUCAUAUGAUACAACCACGACGAAAGUUUCAUAGGUGUACAUACCUAUGCAUAUGUGGCUGGAGUCAGUCCAAACAAACACUGCUCGUAACAUCUUUCAUGCGACACUGUGUCAAUGGAAAGUGCUGG